ACAUUUCAUUAAAUAAGAAUUUCCCUAUGAGUACUUACAAAAUCGAUUGUCUAUACUAACCUAAAAAGCAUUGAGUUUGUACCUUAAAAGUGAUAAUGUAAUUAAAGAAUUAGACCAUCUAAUGCUUAAAUUAUUAAAUGAAUUCAGAUGACAUGUGAAAUAAGCGCUUCUGUUUAUUUAAAACCCAGAAAAAAACAGGGAUAGCAUUAAAUACUCCAAUAUGGCUACUAACAACAUAGGAAUUGAAUGGCUGGGGUCUAUGGGUAGCUUAGGUGUUGGGGUUGAUUUUGAUAGUACAGAAAAUCCAGGAACUUCUAAUAUGAAUCAAUAUGAACAAAUGGAUAGAACAAACGCAACUUUGAAGAGGAAUCCAAAAAUGGAACUGUCAAAAAAUGAUCUCAUCAAAUUGGUUACUUAUUUUGAAGGAGAAAUACAAGCCAGAGAUAUUGUGAUUGCAGCUCUAAAGUCAGAGAGAUUAAAACAGGUAGUAAAUGUUGGAAGAUACAGGCCUGCGGUAUUAUCAGAUCCAUAUACUGCAUUACUUAGAGAUAGUAUUGCUGAUGGACCUAAUGCAAAAUCCCCAGUCAGUGAAAAAGAAAUGGCACAGGCAGCUGAACAACAACUACAAGCAUUUGGACAACUAAUUUUACAACAACGCUGGGCACAUCAACACAUGACAAAUAUAUUAAAAGAAGCAGAGAGUAAACAUAAGAAGGUUAUACAAGAAUUAGAAGAAGAAAAAUGUAAGCAUGAACAUGACACAGCACAGGGUGAUGACAUCACAUAUGGGUUAGAAAUGGAAAGGACUCGACUGAAACAAGAAUUAGAGAUGGAAAGAAACGCAAGAAAAAAAUUAGAAAAAGAAGUAAAAAGACAAAUGGAACUUGCAGAAGAAGAAAAAUCAAGGCAAAAACAGAUUGUUCUUCUUUUGGUUGCUGAGAGAAAGAAAAUUAUUGUAAAAUAUAUUGAAGAAAGAAAAAGGAGUGAGGACUUAGCUCAGAUUCUAUCUGAGGAAAAAUCUCGUAUUGAUUCAAUGGCAGAAGGCUUAGAAGAAGAAAGUAAGAAGUCCCUUCAGAUGGAAGCAGAAUUGGAAAAACAAUUACAUAUGUAUGAAAUCGAGAAGAAAUCUCUCAGAAGUCAGUUAACAGAAAAGGAACUGAGAUGCCAAGAGCUCGAAGCAGAAUUACAAAGACUUAAAGCAGAAUUUGAAGUAUUGAGAGGUAGGUCUUCCAUUCCAAAUGAUGGUAGUGCUGCCAUGAUAAGCAGCGUUGCUAAAGUUGUUCAGCCUACAGCUACAGUGACUAGUGUGCCUGUUUCUGGUCCCACUACUGGAAUUGCACAGUCAGUUUUACCUGGGCAAGCCCUUCGACAAACUGCAGUAGCCCCAUCUCCAAGUAUUCCUUUGAAACCAACCACCACAUCUCCAACGCCAAUUCCAGUAUCAGCGCAAUCACCGUUAAUGCGUACUCCGCCUAAAGUUGGCAUGUUUCAUGGACAAUUCCAGUCUCCCAGCAACAUGGCACCUCACACCCCUCCUAAAAAAAAUGCAGCUGCAGCGAGAGGUGUGCCGCCUCCCAUACCUCCCAAUAAACCAGUGAUUCCUUCCAAGGCACCUGCCACAGUUCGGAGGCCUGAGAGUGGCGAAGCCGAUAAAAAAAAACCAAAUGUACCUCUUAAGGAUGGAGAACCUAUACGACCUGGACAAGGAAUAGAAAUUUUGGGUCAAGAACUAGCUGAUUUCCAACAAAUGUUUGUCACCAUGGCAACUAGCAAUAAUACUUAAAAAUUAUGUAAAACUGUUUCUACCCUAUGUAGACAAACAAAUAUUGUUGAAUUUGUGAAUGCAUGAAAGUUGUGAUUAGCUGAAAUUUUUAUUUAUUUUAUUUAGAUUAAAACUUCAUUUGGAACAAAUUAUAUUGGAAUUGUAUUUUUUAUUCAUUAGUGACAAAAGAUAUUAACAUUUAUUUUUAUGAAAACAAAAGACAAG